GAAAGUGAGAACACGCGGCAGUUUUCUAGCCAGGCCGCCACGUCAUUGCCGGAAACUUCCAACUUUCUCGACAGGUUGGCCUUCUUUAAGAAGUGGGACUCCUCAAUCCCCACCACAUCUUUGACAUUUUCAUCUCCCGCAACUCUAUUGGAUUCCGGCUGAUUUCUCCCGGGAAAUCUACGAACUCCGUCGAACUCUCUGCCUCUGUUACCGAUCUCGAAGCUUUUGUCAGCCAUGAAUCCAGAGUAUGACUAUCUGUUUAAGCUUCUGCUUAUAGGAGAUUCUGGUGUAGGGAAAUCAUGUCUUCUUCUUAGAUUUGCUGAUGAUUCGUAUCUUGAAAGUUACAUAAGUACCAUUGGUGUGGACUUCAAAAUCCGCACGGUGGAGCAAGAUGGGAAAACAAUCAAACUUCAGAUUUGGGACACAGCUGGCCAAGAACGUUUCAGGACAAUUACGAGCAGUUACUACCGCGGGGCUCAUGGCAUUAUUGUACUUAUUCUCAUCUCCAGUUGAAUUGCAACAUUGAUGCUUCACUGUUUCGUUUGCCCCCCCCCCC